UUUGCUGAUCAACCACUUCUCCAUCGGCAUUCUCUUGUAGCUUAUUCUAGCUCUCCUCUCCCGCAACCAAACCUUCAGAGGUCAGUUCAGUACGCACGGAGACAGCAGCUACGUGUAUCAUUCUCAGCGAGUAUUUCGUUAUCUCAGCAAAAUGGCUACUGCACGGGAUUUUUCCCAGGAAUUCAGGCGGAGAUCCCUCGAUCUGACAGCAGCGCCAUCCAAGCUUGCCGCGAUCGAUCAUUGCGCGGCACAGCGGCUGCGCGGCGAUUCCACGUGUGCGACUUCCUCGUCAACCCCAACGUCGCCGGCGUCGCAUCCAAUCCCAGCCGUUCAAACCGCUUCUUCGCACAUCCCGCGCUGCGCUUCAGCCGAUACCGUCUCCGGCAGACACGGCAGCAGCAGCUCCGCGUCUUACGGCGCAGCAGGGACCAUCGCCGCCGCAGAUCUCAGCUGGCUAGCGAGGAGCGAUCGACGGCUGGCGAUGUGGAACCGAGCGACGGGAUCGACCGCGGGAUCGAACACUGGUCGAUCCUCAACCACUACGACUGGUAGUGCUACUGGUAGCACGCAUUGCCCGGCUUCCAGUCGCCACCGAGCCGCGGCGUCCACGUCCUCGAGUGCGUUCGGGCCUUCCGUGUUCGAGUGGGCCGUUCAGGAACGGAUUGCUGCGCGCGCGGCUCGCGGUGCGGCUCUCCCCCGAGUUAAGGCUGCUGCUUGAAGUUUCUCGUGUUUAUUGGGGUUCAGCCCCGUAAGUUACCCACAUUUUCCCGGCUACACGGUCAGUUCAUCAAUACCCCGGCUGAGAAAAUCUACUAAAACCCGACGGGCGGAGUUUUUCCUGCUUGAUUCAAAAAGCAGACUCCAGAGCAAGCAUUGCCCCAGAGGUCGUCCUUGCAGCUGCAUUUGUGAUAAUACCGAAAUUUUCUUCGCCACGCUGGCAACUGAGGGUGCAGCUUCUGCCGCGUGGAUUCAGGCUGACGAGCAGUGUGUUUGAAGGAACUCCUUUCCGAAGGCGAGAAGCCGCGCAGGAGUUAAUUUGUUGAAAUAAUCGGUGCUGGUGUGCACUCAUGUCCUACAAUAUGUACAUAU